AUGAGCAAGAGACAGCUACUGCAGAACCCAGGUGGUAGCUCCAAGAAACCAAGGAAUGAAGAAAAUAAAAAAUCUAGUAGUGCCCAGAAACGGGAAAUGAAAAAAGACCGACAGUCGAAUCGCCGACAUUCAGAGGCAGUAGUUGAAGCAAAAGGACUUUGGAACAAACUAAGACUCAAGUCAAAUACCCCUGAAGAAAUCAAGGGACUGAUGCAGCAAGUGAUGACACUCAUUCAAGGAAAAGUUAACGAGAUUAGCCUACAGCACGAUGCAAGUCGUGUGGUACAAGCAGCUGUUCAGUUUGGUUCCGAUAGACAACGCAAAGAGUUGCUCCUCGAGAUACUUCAAAAAGGCGACUGUUUGCCGGAGCUCUCAAAGAUCCAAUACGCCCAUUUUCUUGCUUUAAAGUUUAUCAAGUAUUGCGCGAAGGAUCGUGAAUGCGUGAAAAUGAUAGUAAAGACAUUCAAGGGCCAUAUUCCAAAACUCGCAGUCCAUGCUGUGGGUUCUAGAGUAGUUGAAUCCAUUUUUGUUAAUUUUCCUCCGAAAGAAACGGCAAUUCUGAAGCAAGAGUUCUAUGGACCGCACUUUAGCCUCUUCGCUGGUGGCUUUAAAGAAGUGCCAACACUCAAGUCGAAUCUAGAAUCUGCAACGACUGAAAAUCAGAAGGACUCUGCCAUGACGUUUGUGAAGGAAAUUAUCAGCAAAGGGAUAUCGAAGUCAUUCUUCGGCUAUACUUUUUUUCAGGGAUUAUUGGCUGAAUUGAUGGAUGUUUCUGAACCUGGUGAUAUUCAAGAAAUGGCACCGGCAUUGGCAGACCAUUCAAUUCAUCUGCUCUCGACGAGAGCUGGUGCGCGAGUCGUUGCUUCCAUUGCUUCUUAUGGCACCCCGAAAGAUAGAAAACGUGUCUGCAAGAGUCUGAAAGGCUACACAGCCUCUUCUCUAAUGCACAGAGAUGCGUAUCUUGCUCUCAUUCGCUUAGUACAGGUAACAGACGACACGGUUUCUAUUCAAAAAAGUAUUUUGAACGAGAUUCUUGCAUCACAGCAAAAGGGGAAAGAAGAGGAAACAGGCGAACAAGUGUUGGUUGAUCUUGCAUCGAGUGACACCGCAUCGAAAUUCUUUUUGUUCCUGCUAGCACCGGAUAGCGAGAGUAGAAUGAAGUACUUCGAUCCUUACGAACGAUCGAUCUUGGAGCCAAUCCCUGAAAUCAACGGCGUUUGCACGUACAAAAAGGAACCUGGUGCAAGAAGACACGAAUUGCUCAAACACAUGAAGCAACAGCUUGUUGAUAUGUGCAUUGCGAACGCAAAUAACCUGCUCGAUUCUAUCCCUGGUUCCAGAUUAUUGAAAGAGGUUUACAACAAUUUUGGGACCCAAGAGCUUGUUGAUGCGAUCAUGGAGAUCUGUGAAUCAGCCAUCAACAAAGAGGCCCCGGACGACGAGCUUUCAGUAUUCGAAGACCCGAAUCGGCAUAGGGCUAUAAAGAAUUUGAUUGUUUGUGAUUCCACAAGGGACGACCCAAUCUUUGCAACUGCCUUCUUCGAACGGCUACAGGGUGAUCUGAUGAAAGUCGCCAGUUCAAAUCGUGGGGCUUUCAUUGUAGCUUCUCUAUUCAAUGUCAAGCCUAUCCGACCAAAACUGGUUAAUGUUCUCAAAUCCCAGCAGCAGAUGAUAUCAAAUUUAUCGAGCAACGGAAAGGCAAAGGCUGGGUACAAUGCAUUGCUGAAGGAACUGUCUAAUUGA